CAAAAUUCUUGUCAAAAUCAUACGUAAAUCUACCAAAAAAUAUUUAAAUACUAAUAUAAAAUUUCAAUAUUAAAUGUAACGGCGUUUCAUAAUGAAAAAUAGAAGACGAGGCGUAUGUCAUCUAAACGAUGAGUCAUCCAACAGCGAUUCUCAAAACGAUUCCAGUCGUUAUUUAAAUAACUCUGACACCACAUCAGAUGCUGCAACUUCUGUAUCCAAAGCCUCAUUGACAACUUCAAUUUCAAGAUUCAGAUCUGACUUCGACGAUUUAAAAUGCAAAAUACGUAUAUUCGGGGAAUCCCUGAACCUUUGUCACUGUAUCGCCAACGACUUUCAAAAACGUAUGUCCUUCAUGGAGAAAAGGUUACAGAAUUUAGAAGAGAGGCAGAAGCUGGCGGUCCGUGAAAGCAAUUAUUCGGCUAUAAUCCAGAAGUAUCAGCGCCUGUCCCACAAGACGAAACAAGAAGCCAAGCUGUUUGUUAAAUAG